AUGGACAGCGUCACCGGUGCGCUCGCCAUCAUUGAUUUGAGCAUCAAGUCGGCGAAAGGCAUUCGAGACUUCCUACGAAACUUGAAUGACGCGCCUCAGACUGUUGCCCAGCUCGCCCAAGAUGUCGAGAUACUAUCCACGUUCCUCGAGCGGCUGUCACAAUGUCCCUUGGACAUUUCUUCGCCCAAGACCGUCGCAUCGCUGAGAUCACACCUGGAUACCUGCGCAAAUACGCUAUCCGACUUCGAUGCUCUUCUAAAGAGUCUACAUCCCGUCUCAACGAGCCGAGCCGACCGAUUACGUAUGAGAUUUCGCGCUGUGCGGAAGGACAAGGAUAUUGAGAAGGCCCAGGACCGAAUUCGAGCCUUCGGGACCCAAAUCAACUUAUAUCUCACGCUACUUCAGGCUGAAGCCACCGCCAGGACCUCUUCCAUCAAUGCGAGCACGGCUGAGACAACUGAAAGCAUCAUUCAACAGAUCUUGGCCAAGAUGGGAAGAAUCCAAGAUCCCCUAGACAAAAAAGGCACAGAGAAUGCCAACCCAACAGCGACAGGGGAGCUUGCCGGAAACAGGCGCCAAGAUAUCUCGGGCGUUGCCGAGCCGGAAGCCAUGGAGGCGUGCUCCAAGCUGGAGGAGAGUGUCUCUCGCUUGUCUCGCCUGGUCGGCAACAACGGGUCGACGCUGGACGCGGAGGAUGCGGGUCAGAUCAUUAAUGACCUGGAGCGACUGAUUCAGUCGGCAAGAGACAAAGUCUGGAAGGACCAGAGCACGCUAUCGCUGCCUCAGGAACUACCAAGCCUUCCAAACGAACUGCGAAUGAUCGGGGGGAUGAUUUAUAGCGCUCCAGUGAUAGCCAUCAACCCUAACAGCAUCAAGCAGAAGCGGCUUAGAGAGGAGAUAGGCAUUGACUGUGGAGUUCUUACCAUCACCACAAACAAGAGGAAACGACUUGUACACGAAAAGACCUCUGAGGGCCCCCUAGACAAGGAACAACCUCACGGGGAUGUUGUGGCUGGCCUUUCGUUCCGGCCAACGAACCAUGCGCUAACUAUCCACAUUUCCGUCACACAAGGCCAGCUCUUCGAUCACUGCGUUCAGAGCAUCCCAAGAAUUUCUAUCAACCCCAUCAUUCCCCGUGGCUCACCAGUUUUUGAUAUCGUGAGACAAGGCCGAAUUCACGAGUUCCGGGUCAUGCUUGCAGAGGGCAAGACUAAUUAUGCCACAGCAUGGCCCGAAAUAUGCCAACUUCUCAUCGAGGCCGGGUUGGACGUCGAUGCGAUAGGCUGUUACAACCACCGUAUCGAGAGAACUCCCUUGAUAAUAGCACAACAGUUAGAUCGGAAUGACAUUCUGAGACUACUGCUGCAGCAUGGGGCAGAUCCACUUUUAGAUGCAAACGAGAACCUCAGUCCAUUGGUGGAAGCCUGCGCCGAAGCGGAUGCUUCCGCUUUAAGAUUUUAUACGCAUUAUGGCGCUCCAUUUCUCUCAGGUGCAGUUAACGAAGUCGACGAAAUGGGACGAACGAUGCUACAUCGAGUGUGUGGCUCAUGGCCACGGGGACAUUGUAAUUGCGAUGCCCUGGCUGCUCUCAUCGACGCUGGGGCGAACAUUCAAGCCCGUGUGACCAACAACUACAUGGCCUUAAUGAAGGGCUUCACUUGCCUCCACACUCUCGUUUACUUUGCAUGGAACCCUUCGACGAGUGACGAGCUGGAAAACUUGGUCUAUUUGAUCCAGCGAGGGGCUUCAGUCUACACAGUCGACGACAAUCAUCGAUCGGUAUCCAUGACAGCAUACAUCCAAAACGAGUUUGAAUGUGAGGGCGAAUGGACCCCAGUUGGUGGAUAUAGGGGUGAUCUAUGGGAUGCUGCCCUCGUAACCUGCGGAUACAAUCUAUCGGAAUUCCGCAGGUUUUACCCCAGGGCACCAAGAUACGACUCAAGGUACAAGAGGUCCGAUUUUGAAAAGCUCUGGGAGGGUAUUGAACACCUCUGCCCUUACUGGGACGAUCACAGAUGGCCAGAGACUGGGACUCACGGGGGUUACUCUAUGGACGCAGAUGAUGAAGGCUCAGGUCUCCCCACUGGUCUCAAGUUCGGCCUCAAGGUGGCCUCACUGGACCUUUCUAUCAGGUUGAUUGAUGAACCUUCCGCCAAGGGUGCGGCUCAGUAUUCUGGUUCCAUCGAGGGCGACAGCAAGGGCUUCUCUAAUGCUUUCAAGGAGACGGGUGGAUGCAAGGGCAUUGCAACGUAG